UUCAAAACAGUUGGGCAAUGUCGCUUGCUUGUGGUCUGAUACUGAUCCUGUCGGUACUUUGCGUUUGGACGGAUGGAAGUAUUCCGAUAGUCAUCAACACUUGGCCCUUUACGAAUGCUACCGAGAAAGCUUGGGCAACUCUAAUGUCGAAUGGCAGUGCAUUAGACAGUGUAGAGAGCGGAUGUAAUGAGUGCGAAUUACAGCAGUGUGAUCACAGUGUUGGUUUCGGUGGCGAUCCCAAUGAAGAUGGAGAGACGACUCUAGAUGCGAUGAUAAUGGACGGGGUAACACACGAUGUCGGUGCAGUAGGGUGUCUCAAACGAGUCAAGAGAGCAAUAUCCGUUGCUCGAAAAGUUAUGGAACAUACCGAUCAUACAUUCUUAGUAGGAGAUGAUGCAACACGGUUUGCAGUUCAAAUGGGUUUUACAAACGAGAGUCUGCAAACUGAGUUCUCAAGGCAACAGUGGGAGAACUGGAAGGAUAAACAUUGUCAACCUAAUCACUGGAAGAAUGUAGUUCCUGAUCCUACCAAGCACUGUGGUCCAUAUCAUCUACCUAGUAAAGAGCACAGAAAGCUAAAGGAGCAAAUCAUUGGGCAUGAUACUAUUGGAAUGAUAGUUAUUGACAAGAAUGGAAUUGUUGCAGGUGGAACCUCGACUAAUGGUGUGGGCUUUAAAGUACCAGGGCGAGUUGGUGAUACGCCAGUUGCAGGAGCAGGAGCAUACAUAGACAAUGAUGUGGGGGGAGCAGCUGCUACUGGAAAUGGAGAUAUUAUGAUGAGAUUUCUUCCAACAUAUCAGAUUGUAGAAAGCAUGCGAUUGGGAGUAUCUCCUCAGCAAGCAUCAGAAAACACAAUACGUAGGAUUAUGAAGUAUUACCCUGACUUUAGUGGUGGAGUGAUUGCAGUUAAUAAGACUGGGCAUUUUGGAGGAGCUUGUCAUGGCUUUCAGAUGAGGUACUCCGUACGGAGCACUUCUCAUGGUGAGGUUGAAGUGUUUACUGCUCCCAAGGUUUGAGUUGUUACUUCUUAACUCAAAACUACAUCAAUUCUGAUUUAUCUGUAGGUAUUGGUUGUGAGAUAGUAUACAGAUAUAUGUAGAAUUGGAGAUUGUCACAUAAUAUAAAAAUGUUUAUGCGACAAAUCAGAAAGUUGACUUAACUCACGUACAUUUGUGGAACUGAUCAGUUGUUUAUAAGCUGUAUAUAUACUGGUAUUAAGGUACAG